AUGUCUGAUCCAAUAGGAACUGAAGAUGGUUGCUCCCAUGUUGUUGAUGAACAAAUAUCCCAAUUAGAUAACUUAGUUGUGCCAAUUGUUGAUGAGCACUUAAAACCAAAAAUAGGAAUGGCUUUCGAUAGUUUAGAAGAUGCUGAAAAAUUCUACAGAAAUUACGGAAAGGCCGGAGGUUUUGAUAUCCGUAAUAGCACAACAAAUUAUGGGAAGGAUAGAGAGUUAAUUUGCAAAAGUUAUGUUUGUUCAAAAGAAGGAGUGUUAAAGAGAAAAUCGUUGGAAAUUCGACGAUGUGGUACAAUUAGAACAAAUUGUAAGGCCUUGAUUCGCUUGAAAUUAGACAAAAACAUUGGCAUGUGGAGUGUCUAUAAGUUCGUGGAAGAACAUAAUCAUACAAUUACUUCACCGAGGAGAACACAUUUUCUAAGGGGAAACCGUGAGGUAACAAGUGCAAAGAAGACAUUAAUUAAGCAGUUUGGAGAGGUGAACAUUCCAACAAACAAGCAAAUUGCCUUCUUUGAAAACUCUAGCGGAGGCUUUCAUAGAAUUGGAUGUAUUGAGACCGAUGUGAGAAAUUAUGAAAGAGAUUUGAGAGAGGAGAGGCGCGGUCAUGAUGCACAAAUGAUGUUGGAUCAUUUCAAGUCGGAACAAGAGAAGAAUCCUUCAUUUUAUUAUGUUUAUGAAGUUGAUGAAGAGAAGCGCUUAACUCAUUGUUUUUGGGUGGAUGGCAUUGCUCGAAUGAAUUAUCAACACUUUGGCGAUGUUGUCUCCUUUGAUGCUAUACAUAACACAAAUCAAUAUGGCUUGGUAUUUGUGCCGUUUGUAGACAUAAAUCACCAUUGGAAAAGUGUUUUUUAG